AUGGCUUGGCUUUAUAUACUCUAUAGUUCUGCAGGAAAAUCCACCAAACAAUCGAUUUAUGAAUGCCUAAUUGCGGAGAACGUCGAGACGUCCAUGUUGAAGGUUCUUCAGCAACACUUUGCGCUACAGCAGCAGUACGAGUAUUCUCAAUACAACGCCCAGUUUUUGGCCUAUCAAAAUCGUGGUAUCGGCAGUGCGGUGAAUAAAAAUGCCAAACACACAGAUGCACCAACAGAGUUGCAUGAAAUCAAUCACAAUAACAAUAAUAGACAUCAUGGCAAGAAGUCAGCAACGUCCACAACUACCGGCUCUAGUGCCACAGUGCUCGGUGGAACGUUGCUGGAAAAAAAAUCUCAAUCGAAAUUGCUCUCGGUGCGUGGCAAAGCUUUGCUACCGAAAUCCCAUCAACAACAACGCUCGGCUGAGGAAGCGCCUGUGCCAGCGACCGGAGUCGCUGAGCGACUGGAUGCGACGGAGCUGCAGCGUUUGAAACAUUUGAAUCGACAUUCGUGUAACGGUCGACUGGACUAUGAGGCAAUCGAGCGGCACCUGGAGCAGACGGAAUUACAGGAAGAGCACCGCAACAAAGGCAUCGAGGCUUUGGGCGUUUUGCUGCAGUAUGCGGUGUUCAAUCUGGAUGCAUUCGCAUGUCCGAGAGUAAAAACCGAGAAACACAAAAUUGAGGAACGUUUAAGCACAACACUGAAGCUGCUGGAUGAAGCGAAAACCAACUGUGCUCAGCUACAGGAUCAACUAUGUGAAAAAGAAGGCUAUUAUUUACAGCGCGAGCAAAAUCUGCAAGCAUUUCACCGCUGCGAAUUGGACAAAGAACAAGCCAAUCUAGCCGAUUAUCAAGCUUUUGCACAAGAGAAGUUCAAUGUACUCGAAUCACAAUUGGAGGCAAAAAAUUUGGAGCAUAAACGUAUAAUAGAAUCGUUUCGCCUGGAACUCUCUCAGAAAAAACAAGAGCUCUGCGCAGCCGACGAACGUGAAACGAAAUUGAAGGAACGUUUCAGUGCGUUGGAGAUUUCUGAGCAAGAGUUACGUGAAAAGCUGAAGAGUACGGAAAAUUCCUACGCUACGCAUUUAAAAGUUGCCACAGAACGAAGUGGAAACGCUGAAUUGAAUUUAUCGCAGGAGGAAAUUUCGGUUUUGCGGUCAUCUCAGCGCAGUUUCAAUGAGAGCUUGGACCGUAGUAGCGGCAUUAGCUCACCACGUAACUCUAGCACUUCGGAGUUUGCGCGCUUGGAAAGCGAGGUGGACAGCUUACACUGUGUGUUGGAGUUGAAGCAGAAAGAGAUUUCGAAGCUGAUCAAACAAAACGAGAAAUUGAUGCGAGAUGCCGAAGAGCGCGCCGUACUAACAGGCAAAAUAUCCAAGCUUGAGUCGAUGAUGGAGAUGCUAAAAUCAGAGCUUGACAUCAAGUCGGAGAAGGAGAAGGACUUCCUUCGCCAAAUAGACGACAUGCAAAAGGCUUAUAACCACGAAAUGGUAAAACGAAAGCGUCUCAGCUACGAUAACGAGGCCUUGCAAUGGCAGCUCAAGCAGCGCUCAGAGCAAUUGCAUAUCGUGGAAACCAAAUUGCAUGAGCUCUCCGCAAUGGAAUCGCACAACGCAAGCACUCAAUCUAGUAUUCACUCACUGAAUCGUUCUCAGCUGAUGAACGGUUCAUCAAUGGCCAGCAUACAAAUGGACGAUUUUUCGCCACCCACAUCGCCUGUGGUCAAGGGUGUAAUUGAAAAGCCUGAUUCCGUGUCGUGGGUGCUAGAGAUGGACGACGAUACACCCGAAGCAGCCGCAUCGAAAAUGGUGAAACGCGCUGGUUCUUUUCGUUCAGUUGAGCGCAGUCCUUCGACACGUCGGCAGUUGUCCGGAGGCGCCAGCGCCAUGAAUACAUCUUUGAGUAGUGUCGGCAGCGGUGCAUCAUAUGGCAAUGGUAAUAGCAGUGGGGGACCCAAUCCACUUUCGCAGUCAAUGUCUGCUACCACAGUGAUACGACAUUCCAGCGAUGUGCGAACCGAGUUCAGCAAACGUCCGCACUCGCGCACACGCUCCAAAUCGGUGAGUGUUAAAGGCACCGAACCAGUGAACGCUAGUGCAGGUGCGCUCAGCACCGGCUCGGUGGGCACCAAAAGCGGCAAACGGCUAUUGCGUCAAAGCUCCAGCUCAAGUGCAUGGAAGCAGCAUCAAUUGGAGUUGAUCAACUGGAAGGAACCGGUUAGUUCGAGUUCACCGCAUCAAAAUGCGAUACAUCCACGAACAUCUACGCUGUGUUCAGAAAUAGACGAGGAGCUGGUAUUGGCAGGCAGACGCGAUGACUCGUUUUUUCCACACACUCCAAACUCCAGCGCAGCCGCCCGAAAGCUCAUCACCUGCGACACAUCCAAGUUGAAUUCGGGUGAGCGAUUGGAUAUGCAGUCGUUACCCACACACGCCUCCGUGCAUGAUCUUAAAAAGAAAUUCCACGAGAUACAGGAAUCCGCGGGUGAAGCUAUGGUGUUGGGCACAAAUUCAGAGGACGAAAGCUGCUCGGCGUCAUCUGAUGAUGCUUGCUCAGCAUCGACCUCGUCUGCAACAACAGGUUCAACCUCGUCGCUAAAGAACUCGCACAUUUCACUGGAAGACGAUGUUAUCUUGUUCGACAAAAUCAACAGCCUCAACGGUACGCCAAUAGAAGUUAGCUGGUCCGAUGAUACAGAAAUAUUUGCUAACGGCUCAACGGUAUGACAAGACGAAGCGUUAGAAUUAGCAGAAGAAGAUGAGGAAGAGGAUAGCUUCUGAAUCUAAUUGCAAUAACUAUUUAGCAAGCGUUCAACAGAAAAACGUAAUUUAUUUUUUAAAAAAGAAAAGCAAAAAAAACUUAAGCCAAUAAGAGGUUAAAUAAACUGUGUCUCUUCCACUGGCAAAGCACAGACAUUUCGCAAAUUCAGCACCUCAAGGCGUUGGAAAUGUGAUUGCUUUGAGGGUAGAAGAGCGCGCAAAACAUGACAGAACACACUGGCCAAAAUUAUAUAGUUUGCUGGGAUUUGGCGCUAUUUGGGUAGCCUCGAACUACUUAACUUUAUUUAAUUUUAUUUAUUUGAAGGAAGAGAAAAUGAGAAAGCGUUAAUGAAUUACUUGUAAUUUUGAUGGUUUCAUGUACAACAGAGAGAAAAAAUAAUAAAAAAAAAAUACUUUCGCAUUGUUAUGAAUGCUCAGCGAAGAGAUGUGAAAUCUUAAUACUGAAAUAUUUAUGCUGAAGGAAACUAAUUUGGAUGGCAACUGUUCCGCUUUUGCUCGCAAGUUGCGAAUGCAUUUCCAUACAAAUGGACUUACUGGUUGCUAAAAAUAUGCAUAAGAAGGAAACAUUCUGGUUAAUAUUCGGGGCUUCAUCACCCUGGAGCACUACUAAUCAUGUGCAGAUUCUGCAUCAGAAGUUCGGGAGUGUUGUCUGACGUAUUUGAGUUUUUAGUUAUCUCUGACUGAUUUUGCUGAAAAUAGUUUCGCGCGCAAUUAACAACUCAAAUACUGGAACCCCCAUAUAUGCCUUAUUCUGAGUAUGAAAUGGUGUCGUGAAACACAUACCCAUGCAUAUGAAACUAUUAGCUAAGCUUUCUAUUUAAAAAUGCGACAUCUAGCCAGCAACAAAAUUUUCGAAGCAAAAUUUAUUAGACGAAUAUGAGCGCCAAUUACGUCUGCAUUUAUAGGAAAAUUUGAAGACCAGAAAAUUGUAUGACCAGAGAGAAAAUGUAAAUAUCGGCUUUUAAAUUUAUUUUGAUUGUUCCAUUGUUCCAUGCGAUAUUUGUGGCAGCGGCAAGCUAACUAAUGGCGUCACCAGGCUGCGCAGAAAUUUUUAAUAAAGCAAAAGUUUUGAACGAUUUGAAAAAAAUAUAAACACAAACGAAGAAUAUUGUAAGGGGUAUGAAAACAAAUGUAUGUAUGUGUGCAAUGAAAUGGAAUCGGCCCGUCUAAUGCAAACUUAACUAGGAACUUUAGCGCCCGCAAAGCAGUCCAUUAAUGAUACGGAACCUGAGGAGUAUCACCUUAAUAAAUAUUUGCGUGUAGGCGGAGGAGGAGGAAUAACUGGAUUUACUUAUAAUUAAUGUGUUUCACUGUGUGAAAACACUUCACUCUUGCAAAAAACGUGUGUCCAAGGCUUAAGAAAGUGAAUGUAAAGGAAUAUUUUAGCUUUAGCGAUUAUAAUUUUCACUGUACUUUCAGUUUAUUUCAUGUUAAUUGUAUUUAUUUAAUUAUAGUAAAAGUGUGUACCUAAACAUUAAGCUUAUGAAUAUUAUUGUGUAGUAUUUAGCUACCUUUCUUUACUACCUUAAGUUGGAGUCAGCCGGUCAGUCAGCCAAUCAGCCAAUCAGCCAGUCAGGCAGGCGGUUGUGUCGCGUUGGGCUGAGUUGUAUUGAUGAAUUAAAUAUCCAAGAAAGUGCAUUAUAAUUACAAAGAAAAAAAUAUAACUAAUAUUGAUUGUUCAUUUGUUUUAUAUGUGUAUGUAUAGGUGUGUAGGCUUACUUGAAUGCAUGAAGAAAAAUAUGUAUAAGAACUUAUGUGUGUUAGUAUUUAUUACAUACCACAAAUACGACAACUAUUGCCCCCCGCCCCCCCAAAGUAAUGAGAAACAAUUGCAAAUAGCAUAGUUGUUCACCCUUUCUUAACUUCUCUGUUUUCGAAAUGAAGUGGAAAACUGUCGUAAAUAAUACGCAACAGAAAUGUAAAAGCGAAAAUGAAAAAUUCAUUAAAUUAAUUGAAGUUGUCACAGUUAAAAGAGUUGAAAAAUGCAUAUUUGCCGUAAAUUGAAAAAAAAAAUAAUAAAAAAAACAAUCCAAAAUGGAUGAAAUAGCAGAAAUUGUAAUCUAACAUUUGAGUAGUUUGGAAAAGGGCAAACCGUACCCGAAUCCAGCUUUGGCAGUUAUUAUUAUAAAAAAAUUUCAUUUGCCAUCGAAACUCAGUUUCAAUUGAAUGGAAUGUCUGAUAAGCUAAUGAUUUGUGGCUUGAUCAUUGAAGGGAAAGCAAAUGCUGAAAAACCAAUAAAUAAAUAUACAAAUAUAAAUACUAUAUAUGAAA